CGCGGCUCGGUGGACCGAGCCGGGGGUCCAGGGUCGCAGGCUCGCGAGGCGCGGGGACGCAAGGGCUGGAGCCAGGGCCCGGCAGUGGCAUCGGGGGCCCAGACGGCGCGGCCCGGCUGCAGGCCCCGCCAUGGAGCCAGGCAGCGUGGAGAACCUGUGCAUCGUGUACCGCAGCCGUGACUUCCUGGUGGUGAACAAGCACUGGGAUGUGCGUAUCGACAGCAAGACAUGGCGGGAGACGCUGACCCUCCAGAAGCAGCUGCGGCACCGCUUCCCGGAGCUGGCUGACCCUGACACCUACUACGGGUUCAGGUUCUGCCACCAGCUGGACUUCUCCACCAGCGGGGCACUGUGCGUGGCCCUGAACAAGGCAGCCGCGGGCAGUGCUUACAGGUGCUUCAAGGAGCGCCGCGUCACCAAGGCCUACCUGGCCCUGGUGCGGGGACACAUCCAGGAAAGCCAGAUGACUGUCAGCUAUGCCAUUGGCAGGAACAGCACAGAGGGCCGGGCCCACACCAUGUGCAUCGAGGGCACGCAGGGCUGUGAGAACCCAAAGCCGAGCCUCACAGAGCUCGUGGUCCUGGAGCUUGGGCUGUACGCGGGGGACCCCGUGUCCAAAGUGCUCCUACAGCCUCUCACAGGCCGGACGCACCAGCUCCGCGUGCACUGCAGCGCCCUUGGCCACCCCGUCGUGGGGGACCUGACGUACGGCCAGGCCUCGGGCGGGGAGGACCAGCCCUUCCGCAUGAUGCUGCACGCCUUCUAUCUGCGCAUCCCCAUGCACACAGAGUGCGUGGAGGUCUGCACCUCUGACCCCUUCGUGCCCGCCCUUGAUCCUUGCUGGAGCCCCCACACCCUGGUGCAGCCGCUGGACCAGCUCAUCCAGACCCUGCGGGCCGCCCCCGACCCUGACCCCACAGAAGGGGGCCCUGGGCCCUGCAGCCCUUCCACACCCCUGCCUGGGCCGGGCCAGCCCCCACCGCCCCCCGCGAAGCCCCCUGCGAAGCCCCCUGAGACAGAGGCGCAGCGGGCCUCAUGCUUACAGUGGCUGUCAGAGUGGACGUUGGAGCCAGACCACUGAGGUCACCAGGCUGGGGUGGGGGUGGCAGGCUAGGACCCCUAGGGUGACCGGGGCUGCGGGUCAGAACCCGAGGCCCACCCAAGGCUGGAUGUUCCUGCUUGCGGCCUCGCAGUGGGCAAGAACUGAGGCCCCACCCCGACUGGAGUGGCCAGACCUGGAGAGGGGCCAGCAGGGGGAGCCCGGCCACCGUGGUUCCAGAGGAUGGAGCUCCAGCCUGUGAGACUGAGCUGGCCUCCCUCCCAGCCCCGCAGGGAAAACCGAGGCCUGCCCGUUUUCUUGAAACGCCUUUUUGGCUCCAAAGCUUCACCCCCAGGGACCUACUUUUUCAGCUCAUCCAGAUCACCCUGGAAGAGGCAGAGCGGGGCCAUGGGCCACCUCAGGGUGGGCUCCUCCCAGGCCCCAGCCCACCCCACAGGGCACCCUGCUCCUCUGCUCUGCUCGGACCCUCUGUGCCCAUCACCCUGGGCUGGCUAGGCCCUUUCCGCCUGCAGACCCUGACCCGUCCAGCGCAGCCGGUCCUGCCUUGCGCCUUCGCUUCUGCCAGACUCUGCCUGUGGGCCUCACCCCCUCCUCCCGAAUCCUGAGCAUCGCACACAGGGGUGGUUCUGGGCCACACCCCCUGCCCCCCGCCACGCAUGCCGUCCCUCCAGGCCUGACAUAAGUGCUGCUCCUGCAGGGUUUUCUGGGUCCCCCACUGCACCCGUUGCCCUCACUGCCUGCCUUGUGGUUCUCAGGUAGCCACAGGUCAUAAGACUUCAGCCUGAGAGUAAGGACGGUCAGCCCCGUCUCAUCUGUCCCCCACAACAUACCCAUGCCACCUUGGCCAUAGCUGGGCUCUGGGGACUUGGAAUAAACACUCAGUGACUGAC